GUGAGACGGAGGCAGCAAGGGGCGGAGCGGGGCUGGGGAAGUCUGCGAAAGUAACAUCGAGCGAAGAGUACACUCAGGGCAGAACUGACCGGGUCCCUCCUCUUGUCCGGGGUGAUUAGAAAAGGAGGACUUCAGGGCAGGAAACUCAAAACUAAACUUCACGGAUGGCUCGCCCAAAGUUGUCCGAAGUGGAAUACUGAGCAUGGAAGGAGAGAGAUCUGCGUGCAGCAUGGAGAAAUCACACGCGUGUUCCAGGUGCGGGCAAGGCUUCGCACAGCCUGACCUGUCCCAACACAAAUGCGGUCGUGCCGGGGAGAAGCCGUGGAAGUGCGGGUGCUGCGGCAAGGCCUUCCGUUACCCGUGCUACCUGGAAUCCCACCAGCGCAGCCACACAGGGGAGAGGCAGUUCGCCUGCCCCGAGUGCGGGAAGCAAUUUGCUCAGUCAUCCAGCCUGCAGAAGCACCAACGGGUCCACACUGGGGAGAGGCGGUUCCGCUGCUCGGCGUGCGGGAAGGGGUUCGCAGAAUCGUCCCACUUGCUGAGGCACCGGAGGGUUCACACCGGGGAGAGGCCGUUCGCCUGCGCUGAGUGCGGCAAGGGCUUCACCGAGCUGUCGAGCCUGCAGAGGCACCGGAGAGCCCACAGCGGGGAGAGGCCGUUCGCCUGCGCCGAGUGCGGCAAGCGCUUCACCGAUUCAUCCAUGCUGCUGACGCACCGGAGGGUCCACACCGACGAGAGGCCUUUCGGGUGCCCAGACUGCGGCAAGCGCUGCAAGAGCCCCCGGGACCUGACGUCCCACCGGCGGGUCCACACCGACGAGCGGCCGUUCCGCUGCUCCCGCUGCGGGGCCAGCUUCAAGACGCCAUCGGCCCUCACGAAGCACCGGCGGGUCCACACUGGGGAGAGGCCGUUCGCAUGCCCCCGCUGUGGGGCGAGCUUCAAGCAGUCCUCUCAGCUCGCCGUCCACCAGCGGGUCCACACCGGGGAGAGGCCAUUCGCCUGCUCCGAGUGCGGGAAGGCCUUCGCUCAGUCGUCCCACCUGCAGAUACACGAGCGGGUUCACUCCGAGGAGAGACCCUUCCGGUGCCCGGACUGCGGGAAGACCUUCAAAAGCUCCGGAGAACUGAUGCUUCACCAGCGCGUUCACACCGACGAGAGGCCCUACCGAUGCUCCCACUGCGGCACCGGGUUCCGGAGAUCGUCCGACCUGGCAGAACACCGGCGUGUUCACACUGGGGAGAGGCCGUUCACCUGCUCCGAGUGCGGGAAGGGAUUCACUCAGUCGUCCACUCUGCUGAGGCACCAGCGCGUUCACAAAUAAUUCCAGGAACUAAGGAGGCACCUAGGAGCAGGAGGAGGCAUUCAGCCCGUCUGAGCCUGCUUCACGAUUCAAGAAGAUGGUGGCUGCUCUGGUUAUGACCUCCAUUGCACUUUCCUCUCUACCCCUUGAUUCCCUUGACUGCUAACAAUAUGUGGAAUGUGACCUUGAAUAAAUUCAACACCCAGUUGACUCUUUGACAGAAAGAAAGUCCUCAUCUCUGUCCUAGAACCAGAUGUCUUUUUCUUAAAUUCUUAGACUGGUUUCUCCGACACCUCUGCUGUCUCGGAGGAAGCAUCCUUUCAUUCCUACCCUGUUAGGACCCUCAGGAUCUCAAUGUUUCAAUGAAUCCCCUUUCAUCCUUCCAAACUCAAAUGGGUAAAGAUGUGCGCUGUUUUGCUCUUCAUAAGUUAAACCCUGCAUCCCAGGAAUGAGUCGAGUGAUCCUUCUCUGAGCUGCUUUCUUGAAAUGAGGGGAUCAAAACUGCACUGCACUCAAGAUGCGGUGUCACAUAUGCUCCAUGCAAAUGCAGCAAAAAGUCCCUGCCUUUAUUUUGCAUUCCCUGUGCAAUCAAUGAGAACAAUUUAUUUGCCUCCCAUUAGCUGCAGACAAACUUUAUAUGAUUCUUGUAUUUGGAUUUGCUUUUCAACUUCGCCCAAUUGUCAUUUAUGCGGAAAAAAAUGUUGCAUUCUUUCCACGCACUGAGCCCGGUCUUCGAUGGAAGGGUCAAUCUUAUCAUCCUUGUUUGGGACACUCAGUUCCUUCUAUACCUCGAUGUUCUUCCCGCCAAAUUGGACAACAUUUUCCGAAGUUAUAUCCCACUGCCGACUUGUUUCACCGACCUAGACCUCUUGGCAGUCUCUGCUGUCUUUUCUUGUCAACUUGCAUUCCCACCUAUCUUGGUGUCAUCAGCAAUUUUUUGUUUUCGAGUUAGGUUUAUUAUCACGUGCUGUCAAGUACAGGGAUACAGGAGUAAAGCAAAAAGUGUACGAUGUUGCCUUUCCCGGCACCAUCUUUAGGUACAAAUGUACCUCGGUACAAAAUCUUAGCUACAAAGCAGAAAAAAUAAAGUAAGAGAGUUAAGA